AUGCACACGUUGGGAUUAUUCGAGAAGCGGUACGGGCUGGAGCUGGAGUGCUUGCUCCAGGGCGCAGCCGCGCUCUUCAAUCCCGCAAUGGCCUCUCAUCGCCCCUUCAUCCAGCUCGCACCAUCUGUGAACACAACCACCGUUGUGACGACGACCACGACGACGACGACCUAUGCGCCCAUUCCCCUCCCACCGCUUCCCCCGCCUUCCUCGCCUAAGGAUCCAAAACUAUAUCCCCUCCUCCGUGCCCAUCUUCCGAAAUCCCUUCGCCAGUUCCCACUCAUCUUCCCCGGCGGCGCACGUGCGACGUUCCGCGAUGGCGAAGCGGGUGAGCAGGAGAUGCAUGAGGAAGAGGCACCAGUCGGUGGCGUGGGCUGGCGGAUGCUCAGGCGAGACGAGAUCGACGAGCCACAGAAGGAAGUCGGCCUCACCGACGCUAUCGAGCGGUACGGCAGGAAGAGGUCGUACAGCAACGAGAGCAUGAUGGAGGGCAUCGAGACGAUCCCUGGGGUAAUCACGAACACGCCGCCGCGCAAGCGAGCGAAACCAGCUCCUCUGUCCCAGGUACCCCCGAUCAAUACUGCGGCGCCGCCUUCGCCGCUCCCAUCUCCCCAUGGCUCACCAUCGCCUGAGAGCAUAUGGCCAUCCGCCCCGCCCAGCGGACACUCCUCGCCGCAACCACCCCCAGCUCCCAUACAACCUGAUGCCUCUCUAACGCGGGACUUCCUGACGCUGCUUCCACCAGAGCUGGUAUCCCACGUCCUGAGCUAUUUGAGCUUUUCUGAUCUCGCUCGUGCCUCCCGAGUGUCUAAGUCAUGGCGAGCGAUCAUCGACUCUGAUCCUGUACUUUGGCGUGACCUGCUGAAGAGCACGAAAAUCUGGUUUGGCCGCGGGUCCGAGGAUGCGUUUCGAGAUGCCAUAUUUGCCAGGCGCCGACGAGAAGUACUGCCGCGGCCAGACGCGCUCCCGCUACCACAUCCUUACAAGCUCCUCUUCAAGUCGCGGCACCUUACUCGGACACGGUGGGUGCAGAACCAGAACCCGAAGCGGAUCACGUUCCCAGCGCAUGGACGGUCGGUAGUGACAUGCCUCAUUUUCUCUCACGGACGCAUCAUCUCUGCCUCAGACGACCACUCAAUCCACGUGUAUUCCCCCGUCACUGGGGAGUUACUGCGUUCGUUGGACGGACACGAGGGCGGCGUGUGGGCACUCGCGGCGACGAAGAACACGCUGGUGAGCGGGUCAACGGACCGCACAGUGCGUAUCUGGGACCUGACGACCGGGCGGUGCACACACGUCUUUGGCGGACACACAAGUACGGUGCGCUGCCUCGCAAUCGUGAAGCCGGAAUGGAUCGAUGUCGAAAACGAGGGCGGGGUGAUUACGCGGGAGAAGUGGCCGAAACGCCCGCUUAUCGUGACGGGCAGUCGUGACCAUUCGCUGCGGGUGUGGACGCUGCCGAAGCCCGGUGACGACGAAUAUAGGUGCUACGGCGCAGAUGACACCGAGGUGGACCCAUCUGAGGAGGACGUUGAGGACAACCCGUAUCACAAGCUGUUGCUUGAGGGACACGACCAUGCUGUCCGUGCACUGGCAGCACGCGGGCGUACGCUCGUGUCUGGCAGCUAUGAUUGCACAGUGCGAAUAUGGGACAUCAUUACCGGGCAGUGCAAGUGGGUCUUAGGCGGUCAUAGCCAGAAAGUAUACAGCGUCGUACUAGACAUUCACCGGAACCUUGCAUGUUCGGGGUCCAUGGACGGGACUGUGCGCGUGUGGAAUCUGCGGACUGGCCAGACUCAGCAUAUGCUCGCGGGACAUACAUCUUUGGUUGGCCUCCUUGGACUCUCACCAUCGUAUCUUGUCUCUGCUGCCGCCGACUCUACGCUUCGCGUGUGGGACCCAGAGACUGGCGAGCACCAUCAUACGCUGGCCGCACACAACGGUGCCAUCACGUGCUUCCAGCACGACGAGUUCAAGGUGCUGAGCGGGAGCGACGGGACGUUGAAGAUGUGGGACAUCCGGGACGGUUCGCAGGUGCGGGAUCUGCUCACAGGCAUCGUCGGGGUGUGGCAAGUCGUGUUCGAAGGUCGGUGGUGCGUUGCGGCGAGCAACCGAAUGGACGCGACAGUGCUGGACGUGUGGGACUUUGCCAACGAGGACGGAGACGAGGAGUGGGUCGGCGAGCCGCCGGGGGGCUUGUACGACGAGGACAGUGACGAGGAGGAUGAGGACGAGAUGGAGCAAGCGGAAGUCGACGCGAUGGACCAGGAUCUCGACGCUGCGAUGCCUUCAGACAUGGAGGAUGCCGACGACCAGGAUCUCCCGCCAGAUGACGAGGAUGAUGACCGGCUUGCAGACUGGCCGCGCGAAUCGGACGCAGAGGGUAGUACCACACGGUCAUCUGUCGUGUCUGUCACGUCGGCGCACGCGCAUGACCGAAAUCGCAGCCGGUCGCUGGGCCUGGCUGCGGGGGUGAGGAGCGGCGCUUCGGCAGGGCCCUCGAGCAUGUUGCGGCUGCCGCCCUCAAAUGAUGAGACACCAACGCGGCCCCGUAUACGCAACGUAAACUUGGCUCACCGGCGACGGUGACGUGAGCCACUCUUGCCACUUUUCCGCACUCGGAUCCGUAUCCAAAUAGUACCAUAGUACAUAGUAAAUAUAUCCGCGCGUACGCGCGCAGCAUCCGUACGUUCAUACAUAUCUUGUGGAUUUUGCGUCGUGCAUUUGUUCAGCUGUCUCGUGUAUGUUAUAUUCCAGAUUUAUCGCGCUCCGAGCAUUAGCAUGACAUGUACCGGGCCCCGUGUUAUUGUAGACAUCACGGUUCAUUAUUAUGUGAGGAAGUCUGCAGUCUCUACUACAUUAUGUCAAUCAAUGCACGCUGU